AUGAAUUUAAAAAUGGGACGUCGCUCCUCGGACACAGAAGAAGAGAACAGAAGCAGAAGGAAGAAGAAACACCGCAGGCGUUCGUCUUCAAGUAGCUCCUCAGACAGCAGAACAUACAGCCGUAAAAAGUCUGGAAGGAAAUCAAGGUCAAGGUCACGGUCUCGAGAUCUCCAGUCUCGUUCACAUUCUUAUGAGAAAAGACGCAGACACAGAUCGAGCAGUAGUUCUUCAUAUGGUUCUAGAAGAAAACGCAGUCGUAGCCGAUCAAGGGGCAGAGGCAAAUCCUACAGGUCUCAAAGAUCGAGGUCAAAAAGUAGAACAAGAAGAUCACGAUCAAGACCUCGUCAACGUUCUUAUAGUCGAAGUAGUGAAAGAUCCACUCAUAGGAGAACUCAUAGCGGGUCUCGUGAAAGAGAGCGGCGUAAAGGCAGAGAGAAAGAAAAAAUAAAAGAGAAGGGCAAAGGAAAAGAAAAGGAGAUAUAUGGCACGAAGCAUGGAAGUGAAAUCAUGUGGAUAAAUAUUUUAGUAGUGGUUGAUCUUGUAGCAAUGCAUCGCAACAGUUCUUUCAUUGAGGAUUCUGUGGCAAAAGACAGUGAGACCUUGCAUAACCCUACGCAUUCCAAAGUGAUGCUAAACUUCAUGGACGCAAAGAAAACCUGGUGUUUGCAUUGGCUGAGAUCUGCUUGCACAUCUGAGAGUGGAACAAAAUGGGAGAGCAGUUUUUGUCCAGGAACUAUGGAAGUAGAUGACGGAUUUGUCAGGAAGCCUAUUCGUUCUCAUACCCAUACUGGAGGUUUUCAGUGA